AUGCAACCGACCAGAUGGCCCAAAGCAAAUGGGAAGUUGAUGUGGGUCACCGGGACAUUGGACCCAGAUAACUUGAAAAGCUUGAAUCCUGAUGUUUGGAGUGAUGGCACUUUCACCGAUUGUUCUGUUGGUGCAGUUACCGGGGAGAUCAUACGGUACACCGUGACCUUGGAAGACGAGAAGUUAAAACCCGAGUACCAAGAUUUGGAUGUGGAAUUACUCACUUGGUACGUCUCCAAACUCCUAAGCGGCUCAGAGAACGGUUGCGAAACAACAGCAGAACUGCAGCUAACCGGCGUUUAUGAGACCGAUUUCUGCGACAAUGUGAUGGACAAAGAGUUGAAAAAUUUCUCUGUGAGAGGCUGCAAGGAGGAGAAGGUACACGAACAAAAAGUGGAUGGCACAACCCUUGUAACGUAUAUCGUCACAAUUAGCAGCUUUGCAUCGAACGAAAAAGCUUACGAACUUCUGGAGGAGUUGCAGGAUGACUUGAAAUUUUGCAAGUACAACGGUCACUCCUUGGGAUACACAGCAUAA